GCGCGCUUUAACGCUAAAUCCCUAAGAUAAAAUCAUGAGCCAUGAUGCGCAGCUCCUGGAGUAUCGACAGAGGCAGCAGGCCCGGAUGGCAGGGGAGCUGGCGGACCAACGGAGCAGGAUGCAGCCUUCCGGGCCCCUCAGACCAUCGACAAGUGCCAAGGCGCUGGAGGCACGGCUGCGGACGCAAGUGUCUCAGGAGAUGACAGAGGAGUUGCAGCAUUCCAUUUUCCAGUGGGCGCUUUUAUCCCGACUGGGCAUUGAGGUGUGGGGCGAGGCAGAGGAAGAGGGGGUGGAAGAAGAGCCGACUUUUCCCAGCAUCUUGCAGAUGUUGCCUUGCUUUGGAGGCCGCCGAGCCUUGUACAGCGGAAGCUUACCAAGCACCAGCUUGCCUGACUUGGGACCUUUGCUCCGAUGCCGCGAAGCCGUUGAGGCACUUUUGCUGAGUGGUGGCUGCCGAGAUUGGGUCCUUGCAACUGCCCACCUGUGCAGGUUGCUGAGAGAGAGCCCAAGCCUUUUGCAAGGCGGCUGGCAACUACAACUGGCAGUGGCCACAUCUCUGUGCAUGGCGGAGGGCAGAGAGAUGAUGGACAGCAGCUUUCACGAAAGCGCAGUGGACUUUUUCAAGCGCUACCAGCACUACUGUGCCAAUGCCGUGGCAAAGGAGCUCUUCCCGGAAUUCCGAUCUCUCAAAGCCUGGCAUUUCAGAUAUGUCUUGGGCAGUUGGCAUUCAGAUGAUGACUUAGCAUGGUCAAGGGCGAAUGUGUCAAAGGAAUACAAGAAGCCGGAUGUCAUUGGCCAGUCUGCAAGGAUGGUGAAGUACAAACCUCACAACGACAAGGGCGUUAGUGUUCACGAUGGCCUUAGAUUCUACGACAACGAAAAGGCAACCAUGCCACGCAUUCUUAGCUACGGAGGUGUUUGUGGUGCCGUCUCCAAGUUUGGCGCCAGCUGCUGCCAGGCCUUUGGGGUCCCAGCUAUGCCGGUGGGGCAGCCGGGGCACUGUGCGAUGAUUUGGCGCGGACCGGGGGGCAGGUGGUGCCUUGAGAAUGAUAAUGGUGGCUGGAAUCAGUCAUGGAUGCACGACAAGAUCCAGCGAACAUGGCCAAAGGAGCUAGGGCGAUUCGCUGAGCACGCUGGCGUCAUUCCAGUCGCUGAGCGUGCUAUAAUGUCUGGGAAGUAUUCCUGCAGCGAGAGCCAGCGGCUGGCAGCGAAGUUGUCGCCUUUAGAGACUGCUGCCGAGCUGCUGAUCAAUGCGGUGCUUCUAUGUCCUGACAACCUUUGUGCAUGGGUCGAUUUGCUGGCAGUGGCCACGCCACAGCUGGCGCCAAUGCUCCACCCGCGGGUGGAAGCAUUGGAGGCACUCGCUGCCAGCGGCCCAUGGCAAGGCGGUCGCGAGCUCUCCCUGAACUGCCCUGUGCGUGCCAGUGCAGAUGUGGAGCGAGCCGGCCAUGUGGUGGAUGGCACAGACUCAGAAUGGUUCCCAACAGAAGCCGCCCCACAGUGGCUGGAGAUCGACCUCAAGAAGUUGAGUCAAGUCGAUAGGGUCAGGGUGAAAUGGUGGGGUGACUAUGGCAAGAAGAGCAGCCUGCGGGUCCUCUCACUGCUUUGGGACGAGGUGGCAGACUUCGACUAUGCGGAGGCCGUCGUCCACGAGCGUGGCCGGCGGACCCACGCGGCGGACUUCAAUGGCUGGACGGAGCUGCCGGGCUGGGAGGAGCCGACCCGAGCGGUUCGCCUGGAGCUGGACCAGCCAUGCCCCGACUGCUUCGGAUUGAGCAAAAGUUACGGGAUUCGGCGAGUGGAGGUCCUGGGUCACCACAUUGGUACUUCCUCGUCAUUGAGCAUCGGCUCCUUGUUGACACGACUUGCAGAAGCAUCCUUUCCAUCCCCACAGGAGCUAGCUGACCAGCAAGGCCUUCGGAUUGUGACGGAGAUGUUGAAAGGCUUCUCGGAAUGACAUCCAAGAAAGAAGGCCUGUGUACAAAGGUGAUGCGACUUGACCCCCAAAGGGGGAACCAGAGGAGAGUCAAUGCUUC